AUGCCUGUACUGAAUGCGGCCGGUCAGCCGCUGCCAUUAUCAGCGCUCUCCGGGCUUUUCAAUGACGUUAUCAAACAAAGUCGCGAAAGACAACCGCAUGCUAUCGGCAUUGUUUCAUCGGAUAAGCGUGAUCGUUGGGCAGAGAUCUACGAGCAACUCGAAGGAAACCCUACGAACUCGUCACAUCUUUCAACAAUCGAAGAUGCAUUGUUUGUUGUAUGUCUCGAUCAAGGAGUCCGAACCUGA